AUGACUACGGACGUUCGAUGGAGGACGGCCUUCGUAGCAGUAUUACUGGCUCUGAUUGCACCAACAGAUGGUGCGUUUGGAGCGAUAUCGAUCGACUUCGGGAGCCAGUUCUUAAAGGUCGGGCUGAUUAAACCUGGUGUUCCGAUGGAGAUAGUGCUCAACAAGGAAUCUCAUAGGAAGACCCCUAACGUUUUGUCGAUUCGAAAUAAUGAAAGGCUGUUUGGUGAUGCUGCUUUAGCUACUGCUGUACGAUAUCCUUCGAGUGUAUACGGGCAUCUUCUUGACCUAGUCGCUAAGCAUACUGAUCACCCAUCAGUGCAACUGUUCCGUCAACGCUUUCCUCAUCUAGUGCUGGAGAAGCAUGUGAACGAAAGCAGUGUGAUGUUCCCGAUCGGAAACACGAGUUAUCCGGUUGAAACCCUCCUUGCAAUGAUUUUGACGAAUGUACGAGAAUUUGCGGAGACUUAUGCCGAGAUGAGCCUUCGUGAUGUUGUGAUAAGUGUACCGGUAUUCUUCACUCAAGCAGAACGUCUUAUAAUUGAAAAAGCUGCUGAAAUUGCAAAGUUGAACUUGCUCCAGCUGAUAAAUGGCGGUACUGCUGCUGGACUAAACUACGGCGUGUUUCGACGAAAAGAAGUUACUGACACACCACAACGUCUUCUAAUUUACGAUAUGGGAGCUGCGAAAACCGUGGCGACACUCGUGGAGUACAA